AUGCAGGCGGCGAUUGGCGUCACGUGGGAUGGGGUCAUGGCUCUUAGACGUGCCGUUUUGGGCGACGAAACUCAGGCAAUCGCCUUUUGGGAGCGUAUGGCCAAGAUCCCUUCGCGGACCUUUUCGGACACUCCGAACGCGGAGCGCGUGUGGGCGACGGGAGAUGUGUCGGAAAUGCUGCGCGACAUGGUGGAGAUGCUGGAGGUCACAGACAAAAUACACGAGGAUAACGCAGGCGGACUCGUCCCUCAGUAG